CGUAACCCGGAAGAAUUCACUUCCGCAUUGGCUCACGUCGUCCGUGGGGAAGCGCGUUUCCCCUCUCGGAGCUGUGCGCUUUCAUCGACCGACGCGGUUUCAUGAAGGCUUUUCGGGAGUUGGCGGUGCAAAUAAUCCAAUUCAGAGGCGCUCACGGUGCCGCCGUUUGCCGAGUCGGAAGUGAAAUGUGUGAACGGUCGAAGACCACCGUGCUGCGAUUGCCACCGGCCGGCGGAGACGGACCGUUUUCUGCGCAGGACCCCCGCACAGAUGUCGCCGCCGUCCUGAGCCGCACGGCCGCGGCCCUGCGGGACGGCCGCGUGGUGGCCGUGCCCACCGACACCAUCUACGGCCUGGCGUGUCUGGCCCAGAACUCGGCCGCCGUGCGCCGCAUCUACGACAUCAAGGGGCGCAACGAGCACAAGCCUUUGGCCAUUUGCGUGGGCGAAAUCCACGACAUAUACAAGUACUGUCAGGUGAAGGUGAAGGAGGACCUGCUGCGCGACCUCCUGCCGGGCCCGGUCACGCUGGUGCUGGAAAGGUCGCCGACGCUCAACAGAGAGCUCAACCCCUUCACCCCGCUCGUAGGCGUCCGCAUCCCGGACUGCGCCUUCGUCCGUCGUCUUUGCCAGAUGUGCGGCGAGCCUCUGGCGCUGACCAGCGCCAACGUCAGCGCGCAAAGCAGCACCGUGGCCGCCCACGAAUUUGAAGAUCUUUGGCCCGAGCUGGCGGUGGUGGUGGACGCAGGGCCGAUAGGAGACCGCAGCCGGCUGGGCUCCACCGUGGUGGACCUGUCCGCGCCCGGCAAGUACCGGAUCAUCCGAGCCGGCCGUGCCUUCUCCUCCACCGUGGACGUGCUGGAGGGCAAACACGGACUGGCCGCGGAGGACUCGGGAUGACCGUCCAAACGGGACCAAGGGGACACGCAAUCAAGCUCUUCUUCUUCUUUCCAAAUGGCGCAUCUUUUCGUUUCGUCGUCGUUCGGAUUUCUGUUUUACUGCUUGAACCCCCCAGAAAAGGGAGGGGCGGGGAUGUGUCCGUGUGUCCGUCACCUCCACUUUGAGGGAGUUGACUGGCGUUCCUCGGGACGGUUGCCUCAAAGCUGUCACGAGUGUACAAUAAAAGCUGAUCUGCAAA